AGGAUGGUAGCGAUAACAUCCUGCGCAUCUCGGCCGUGACUGCAACGUGGAACGGAAAGGCAAUCAUUCAGGAUUUCCCAGACGCUUGGAAGAACGAAGACCCGCGGGUCGAGAUCUCCACCGACGAGGACGGAGAGAUCCUGCAGCCCGCCCGCGAGGGCCAGAAUCAGCUUCACGUGGUGCACGUGAAGCUGCCGCUGAACAUCGAGGUGCAGAUUAACCGUUGGAACGAGCCCACCGAGGGGGACUACAUCAACGCGCAGAUCACGAUGUCCCCGCAGCCCGGGCAGGACGGGCACUGCGGCAACUUCAACGGUGAUCCCCAGGACUUUGGGGACGACGACACCCGCCCCCUCAUCCGCGCACGCGUCGGCACCGCCGGCGUCGACCUGGAGGACCUGCUCUUCAAGACCAAGACGCCGGUGAGGCAGCCGAACCGGCCCGACCUCAACGACUGUCCCACCGAGAAGGCGCACAGCGCGCGCGAGCUCUGCGCGGCCAAGUCCAAGACGCACAUGGCCAGCCAGGAUCGGACUGCAUGAUCGACGUGUGCUUCGGGGGCGACAGAUUCGCGGAGAUGACGGACUACGAGUGAGCCGGGGGUCAGAGGAGGGCACGGUGCCGAUGCUGAUAUGCUUUCCCUCUGUGCCGCCUUUUUGGACCUCAACGGGAGGCUCUCGUCGCGUCGCCGCGGCUGGAUGCGCUUCGAAAGUUUGGCCAGAGCGCACCCCAGGCAGAGGUCUUGGGAGCACAGGCGAGACUCAGGGCAAGGACGCACGGGUGCACUUGGGGUGCCCUUGCCUCCGUGCGUCUGUGGCCCGCUCUUCGCACCGCUCACCGGCCCGUCGUCCAAAAGAGCUGCCAACGUCAGCGUGGCGCUUGCGUCCUUGCCGCCCUUCCUUGCCAUAGAUUCGGGGAUUUCGCUCGUAGCCGCAUCGGCACUGCUGGGUUGCCCCAUGGGGGAGGCGAGCGCGCGUGCCUGGCCCGGGAAUGCCUCGGGCGCACGGCGCGGGCGGCACGCGUCCGCCAGAGAGGAGGGGGAGGA